AUGGUAACCGUGAACAGACAGAAAUCUGAAGUGUCAAGUGCGCCUGCCAAGUACCAUGAACCAGUUCAAGGCACCGUAUUCCAUGGCGACGGUCGCGAGGAAGCGCUCUUAAAACAUCUGCAAUCUCUUCCCGACCUCUCGCCAGAAUCCACAGCCAAAUUGCCCUUACAAGAACGCUCUCAAAGAGUUCUAAACGCUAUACAUGAAUUCGGUAAGGGUGAGAACAGGUAUCUCAUGAGUGUUGGGGACACGAAAGGUCGUCAAGUAGAAUCUCUCGUGAGAGAAAAGAAACCCAAACUCAUUCUCGAACUGGGAACAUACGUAGGAUAUUCUGGAAUAUCGUUCGCCAGGCAUUUGCUUGAAAUUCACCCAAACUCCACUUAUCCUGGAAGCUGGACUGAGGAUAUUACUGAGGAUAGAGCAGGUUACAUAUCUUUGGAGAAGAGUGAGGUUUAUGCGACAACAGCUAGAGGUGGAUUUGAAUUAGCCGGAGUGGACAAAGUCAUCAAAGUCUUAGUUGGAAGCUCUACACCUAACAUCAAAACUCUUCGAGAAAAACUAAAUAUGCCUCGACCUCUCAAAUUCGACAUGGUUUUUUUAGACCAUCUGAAGCCUCUGUACACAAUUGAUAUCAAGGUUCUGGAAGAAGAAGGACUGGUGGGACCAGGCACCACUCUUGUUGCAGACAACGUUGUUAAACCUGGUAAUCCAGCCUAUUUGUCUUGGGUCCGGGCGACCCCCGCACAAAAGCGACAAUCUCUUGCUGCCCCCCGACUUACUGCUCAACCACCUGUCACCCCUAAUCCUGCUGUCGAAGACUGGGAGACUGCCUUCUGUCAUGGUCCUAUCGAUGAGACAAGAUGGGCGCCAGAUGAAGCUGAAGGUUUUACCGCGGAAGGAGAUCCAAAUUUAAUUUACACCAGCGAAAUGCUCGAUGGUUGGGAUCCUUACACUGGUGAAAAAGAUGCAUGUGAGGUAUCGGUAUGUACAGGCAGAGAUUGA